AUGUCUGGGUUUGUUAAACGACGGCGCGCUUUUAAUAUUAAAGGCACGCAGCAAUCAUUACACAAUGGAUUUUUAUUAACAUCCUCUGGGAACCCAUCAGUAGACCACAUUUUUGGAGGUGGAUUUCCUAUAGGUUCAGUAAUUGGCAUUGGUGAAGACCAAUAUGGAAACUAUUCCAACGUAUUGACCAAAUAUUUCUUAGCAGAAGGAAUUGUAAACAAUCAUGCAUUGUUUUUAGCAACAAAGGAAGAAGAUCCCAUUGAAUUGAUUAAAAAGCUGCCAUCGGUUUCGGAAGAACAAACAACUUUAUCUCAGGCUCCAGAGAAUAUGCGAAUUGCCUUUCGCUACAAUCAGUUAAUUCCCGUUGAAUCUGAAUAUAAAUCAGCAGCUUCGCUGGGGCAUUAUUUUGACCUAUCUAAGACUAUCGAUUCGUCGUCUUUAGCUGGGAAGGAUAUAAGCUACUGGAAUGAUGAUGAUGUCAGUGAGAAGGAGAAUAAUUUCAACUUUUUCAAUAAUGCACACUUUGCUUCUAUUUUAUCACGCGUUCAACACAAGAUAAGUGAUGUCGAAUUUAAUUCAACUGCAGAUGGUGAAAAAAAUUUACUGCGAAUUUGUUUAUGCUCGAUUGGUUCUCCUGUAUGGUAUGAUAGUGAUUUCGUGGAAGAUUUUUUGCGUUUUCUGGGUAUUCUCAAAGCCAUUGUGCGUAACACUUUGUCAAUUUGUUUUAUUACUGUACCGUUUCAUUUGUUGCAUCAUCUCGAAGAUAUCUACCUGGAUAAAAAAAUAAUCAAUCUGUUUGAUUUUUCGUUUAGCUUAGAAGCAUUUGCAGGACAAGUGGAAGAUGUUGCAAAUCCUGCAUUUAAGGAAUUUCAUGGUUUAAUGAAUGUAAAAAAAAUAACACCAUUUAACGGAUUAGCUCCGUUCAAUCCGGAAACAAGGGAUCUUGCGUUCAAGUUGAAAAGAAGUAAAUUUGUGAUUGAAAAAUUACAUCUACCUCCUGAUAUCGCUGAUGAUAAUACUAGCUUUCAAAAUCAAGUGCCUUCCAUGAGUUGUUCGGGAGGAGGAAUAAAGAGCAAAUUGGAUUUUUAG